UGUGCUAUACUGGCCCUACCCAUACAGUGGAUCCAAUAGAGCCUAGAGUUGAUCCGAUAAAACCCAGCACAAGUUGGGUCCUCUUUCCUAGCUGCGUCGCUGCGAGGCAAAGGCAAAAAGCAGCCAUAGUUUUCCUCCAUUUGCAGAAAAUUUGAAGAAUUCCAACAAUCAGGAUUAGUUAUUCAACGCCAUGAUUAGCAUUCUUGCUCAGGAGCGUCUUCUCGGCGCUGCACUCGGAAGCAUAUUCACCGGAAUCGUUGUGUUUGAGCAACGCAGAUGCAUCUACAACUCCAUUUCUGGCACCAAAUCUCAAUCCGUCACCCAAUCUCAGAUUAGAGAGCCAAUAUUUGGAAGCAAAUCUCGUGCAGAGUUUGCGCAUCUUUGGAACAAAGCUGUGGACCAGACAUUUCGACCUGUGAUUGAGUCUCUUAGUUCAUCUGGAUGGUAGUAGAUACAUUUGAAUAGCUGCACUGCACCGUAUGGAAUUCUACUUUCGUGAAUUUAUACAUGCUAAACUAAACUUGCCCACAUUUGUAUUUUUUUUAUCAUAUUUUGAGCAAUCAGAAGGGAAUGCACAUUGUCCGUGAUUUCAAAGGCAUGAUGGCUUUGACGGAUUUUUUUGUUUGUUUGUUUUUUAGUUUUACAAUAGUGAACAUGCUUGUCGGCUUCUUCAUAAUGCAUAUAACGUGGGACAACUCAUGAAUCAUGAUGUACCAAAAGUCAGAAUCGAAUAUUGGUACCAGAAUGGUUUUGGCUUA